GGCGGCUAUUUUGUAGUUGCCUCCUCUGCUGCGGUGAUGUAUGAUUAGGCAUUGACAUUCGGGCAAGAGGUCGAACUGGUCUGGGUGAGCAGAGUCGCACAUCGUAAGAAGAACACGUAAAUAUAAUAAUGGCAACAGAGGCAACGCUGGUCCCUGAUGACCGUUCUGUAUCUAAGUGUGCGCUACCUUGGAAUAUUAUAUGCUAUCAUCGAGAUUCUGCUAUGGGUUCCGACAAUCUCAGCGACAGAUGUAGUGAGCUUUAUCAUGUAUGUCAUACAAGAGUGGACAACUGUCGUCGGAAGUGCGAUACUGGGUGUCAUCAUGAUCACUCGGUUAUAUGCCAUGUAUCACCGAUCUAGACAGGUGUUGAUACUUCUCGUCGUCGUCUGCCUGGCUGUCAACAUCGCUGACGUAGUGGUCGUUGCAUUAUCAAUGAGACACAGUUCAGGGGAUGAACUUAUUCUCUCCGGCACUUAUCAGUGCACUGUUGACUUUUCCGGAGAGGAUGGAUUGCUGGUUGCCAUGACUUGGAUAUUUACCGCCGUAUGGGAGGUCCUCGCACUGUGUUUCGCAGUCUGGAUUGCUAUAAAACAUUUCCGUGAACUGCGACGACAAACGGCAGGAGGGAUUAUUGGGGACUGUUUCACGGUAUUAAUGAAAACUCACGUAGUUUACUUUGCGAGCUUUGUUGCUGGUUCGUGCCUCAACCUCGGUUAUACGUUUUCAACAAUGUCAGCGGACUCGUAUUCCGUUGGAACUCAGAUUUAUCUUGGAGUUCUUCAAAUUUUCAUGCUCGUGCAGAUGUUUGUACUGGGACCACGCCUGAUUCUUAGCAUUCGAGAAUAUAACGCUAAGCUCGUGGCCGACUCCGACGCAGGGACCGCCAUGACUUCAAUUGCGUUCCAG